AUGGCGUCCGAUCAAUCUUCUCUAUAUGGGAAGCGUCCCACCAAGAACACAAAAGCCCAAGAUAUCUCCAGCUCAUCGAACCUCGCCUUUACAACACAGCUCUCCUCCCUCAUAGCCCAAGACAGCGGCACAUCACGCAGCCGAACCCGUCCAUCAAAAGCUCCAAAAUCCGACCUCUUCUCCAAAGCGAAUAAAGGCACCGAGAAGCGCGCAGCCGCCGAUCUUCGCGAUGACGGUCACACCCAGCAAGUGCAUAAAAGCAGCAAGGACAUUGGAACAAUCGACGAUGCGACGCUCAGUCGAUCCAAGCGCAAGAUGGCGGAGAAAGUCCGACAAUACAACGACCUAAAAAAAGGUCUCUACCUAGCUGGAGAUAGCAGUGAUGAGGAAGAUACACAUCAAGCCAAACGGUCACGACCAGAGGAAUACCUUGCUCGACUUCGGCGCAAGGAGAAGGAAGGUCUUGUUGACUUUGAUCGAAAAUGGGCCGAUGAGGAACGCAAGCGACAGGGCUCGGAAUCUGGUUCCGAAUCUUCAGCUGAUGAUGAUAAUGCUUCGAUAAUCUCCUACGAAGAUGAGUUCGGGCGAUCGCGUCGUGGAACAAGGAAAGAAGCUGCUAGUGCGGCGCGCGCGAAAGAAGAAGAAGCGGAUCAAGGGCGCUCAGUACAGGAACGGUGGAAACCUGCUCGACCGGAAAAUUUGAUCUAUGGCGAGACUGUGCAGGCUGAGGCGUUUAAUCCGGAGGGUACCAUCGCAGCGAAGAUGGCGCGUCUUGCGGCGAAACGGGAUAGAUCUGCUACGCCUCCGGAGGAGGUUCACUACAAUGCUGAUGCGGAGGUGCGGAAUCGGGGAACUGGAUUUUAUUCUUUCUCGACGCAUGAGGUUGAGCGGAAGGAACAGAUGGAGGAAUUGAUACGGGCGCGUCAGGAGACUGAGGCUGAGAGACUGGUUAGAGUGGAGAGGAAGGCUGAAUGGGAGGAGAAGACGACUCAGCGACGACGGGAGAUUGCUGCGUUGCGGGAGAAGAGAAUGACCGAGAGGCUGUUGAAGGGCCUCUCCGGCAUGGAAUCGUUGGUUGGGCAGCCUGAGCCGGAGAAGUGA